ACUGAUGAGCACAAUCCUCCACUAAUUGACCCAGCAUUGACGGCACCUUUUUCCAGGUCAACCAUUGACCCAGCAAAUGAUUUUGAAGUCUCCAUCAGAGUGUUUUUCGACAUCCUUAAAGGAAAUGAACAUCCUCUAAUUAACUUGUCCUCAAAACCAGUGUUCAAACCGCGGGAACAGACCAACUUCUGAACCUCCAUCACAAAAUGACUAAACUCACCCAAACAUCUUCUCUCCACACCCAUCUCUGCUCCCUUCUCUUCCUCCCCCUCCUCCUCAUCAACCAUGCCAACUCUCAGUCAUUGCAAGACCAAGAACAAGCUGUCCUGCUAAAACUGAAGUCAUACUUGCAAUCUCCACCGUUCCUCAGCCAUUGGAUUCCAUCAACAUCAAACACUUCCCACUGUUCCUGGCCUGAGAUCACCUGCACAAACAACUCCGUCACCGGAUUGUCUCUGGUCAACAAGAACAUCACCCUACCAGUUCCACCUUUCAUUUGUGAUCUCAAGAAUCUCACACUCAUUGAUCUUAACCUCAACUAUCUCCCUGGAGAGUUCCCAAAAGCUCUCUACAACUGUUCAAAUCUACAGUACUUGAACCUCUCUCAAAACUCAUUUGUUGGCAAGAUUCCUGAUGAUAUCGACAGCUUGCCUCGGCUUCAAUACCUUGAGCUUGCCGGUAACUACUUUUCUGGUGACAUACCCGCGGCUAUUGGGCGGUUACAAGAGCUCAGGAACCUGCAGCUGCAUAUGAACAGCUUUAAUGGUUCCGUGCCACCAGAAAUAGGUAACUUGUCCAAUCUUAAACACCUAAAUCUCUCUUACAAUACAAAUCUUGUGCCAUGGAAUCUGCCUUCCAACUUCACCAAGUUGAAAAACUUGAAGAAUUUAUAUAUACGCCAAUCGAAUUUGACUGGAGAACUCCCCGGAACACUUGGAGAAAUGGCAGCACUGGAAGAAUUGGAUUUGGCAUACAACAGUUUAAAUGGGACAAUCCCAAGUGGUUUGUUUCUGUUGAAGAAUUUGAGUAUAAUCUAUCUCUUCAGGAACAGCCUGUCUGGGGAUGUACCUCAAGUGGUUGAAGCAUUGAACUUGAGUAUUAUUGAUAUUUCUGAAAACGAUUUAACAGGGCCAAUACCAGAAGAUUAUGGAAACCUCACCAAGUUAACAGAGUUAGCUUUGUUUUUAAAUGGUUUUUCUGGUGCGGUUCCAGCAAGCAUUGGCCGUCUACCAAAUCUCAAACAGUUCAGAGUGUUCAUCAAUAAUUUGUCUGGAACAUUGCCUCCAGACUUUGGAAGGUAUUCAGAGCUUGAAGGGUUUGAGGUUUCGGGGAAUAGGCUCACUGGCAAACUGCCAGACCAUUUGUGCAAUUGGGGUAAGCUGUCAACACUUGUAGCUUAUGAGAACAAUCUCACUGGGGAGUUACCAAGCUCUCUUGGAAAUUGCACUAGUUUAACAGAAGUGAAGGUUUAUGAUAAUGGAUUGUCUGGGAACAUUCCUAGUGGCAUGUGGACAGCACCAAACUUGGGUCAGGUGCUGAUGAGCAACAACUCUCUUACCGGUGAGCUUCCUGAGAAAAUAUCUCGGAAUCUUACACGGCUGGAAAUCAGAGAUAACAGACUUUCAGGUAACAUUCCAACCGGGGUGUCAUCCUGGAACUUGAAGGUUUUUGACGCCGGUAAUAACCUUUUUAACGGUACUAUCCCUCAGGAACUUACUGCUCUUCCUAGCUUAAUCACUCUUUCUCUUGAUCAGAAUCAGCUUACUGGCUUCCUUCCAUCAGAGAUUAUAUCAUGGAAAUCACUCAACACUCUUAAUUUCAGUCGAAAUCAACUCUCUGGACCAAUUCCAGAGAAACUUGGUCUUCUACCAGUCCUUACUGAACUGGACCUUUCAGAAAACCAACUUUCUGGCCAAAUUCCAGCUCUGCUUGGGCGUCUGAAUCUCAACCGUUUCAAUCUCUCUUCCAAUCACCUAUCUGGGAAGAUCCCAAUUAAAUUUGAGAAUCCUGUUUAUGUCAAAAGCUUCUUGGACAAUCGAGAUCUCUGUGCAACUAGCCCAUUAGCAAAACUCAAGAUAUGCAAGUCCAGCAAAAUUUUGAUCUUAACUUUCAGCAUACUUUUGUCCUUUUUGGCUUUGUCCUUAUCAUUCUUCAUGUCGAGUAACAUCUUGUUAGACUCUGAUUUUAAUGCAAAAAUAGCAGAUUUUGGUCUAGCCAAGAUGUUGGUCAAGCAAGGAGAACUUGCUACAAUUGUUGCUGGCUCCAUUGGCUACAUUGCUCCAGAAUGUGCUCAUACAAUACGAGUGAAUGAGAAGAUUGAUGUAUAUAGUUUUGGGGUCGUCCUUCUGGAGUUGACCACCGGAAGGGAAGCUAAUGAUGGCGACGAACACACUGCUCUUGCCGAAUGGGCAUGGCGCCAUGUUCAAGAAGACAAUCCUCUUGCCGAUGCUUUGGACAAGGACAUCAAAGAACCUUGGUACUUGGAUGAAAUGUGCUCCGUUUUCAGACUCGGCAUCUAUUGCACCGAGAAACUUCCUUCUGCUAGGCCUUCCAUGAAGGAGGUUCUGCAAAUCUUGCUCCGAUGCGGCCAUCCAAGAGUUCACAGAGAAAAGACUGAUUACGUUGGUGCUCCUCUGCUCAAGAAUUUGAAGCGCGAGCAGAUACUGGAAGACGGUGAUGGUAGUUUGGCAACAAAUGUUUGAAAGGCUUGGUUGAGUUCAACAAGAGGAAUUAGAAGUAAAUUUUGUUUAGUUUUUCACUUAUGCCCAUAGGUUAUAAAAACAAAGCUUUAAUUGAUGAUGGAAUUUAGAUCAAGGAAAUAAUGAAGGAAACAUAUUCUCUCCAACUGUUACUUGUAACUGAAAUUUUGUGCAUCUUCUUCUACGACAAAGAAAAGUUAAGUGUCAGGAGAACAACCCACCUACGCUAUGCCCCUUGUUUUCCAUUCAAAGGCAUUUUGUCACAAUCUGCAACUCUUCCUUCUGGUUGAAUUUUGUUUUCAUUUUUUUCCUUUCCUGUCUAUAUCAGUGAAAAACCAGACGUACCUGCCACUACUCUUGCCAUUCAUAAUUUUCGAGUGAACAUCCGGGACCAAAACUCUAAACUUUUGUUGGGUCAAAGUCUCCAUUAAACAAAGGCGUUCUUUGUUCACACUUCACAUUUUUCCAUUGGCCUCCUUCCGGAAAGCUUCAAUUGAAGUUUUUCCUUCUUGCCUUUCACGCACGUCGCAUUUGGCUUUAGCCUGGCUUGUUUGAUUACCUUACCUCAUCUUCUGCAGACUUUUCUGGUGCAGUCUGGUCCAUUAUCAAUGACCAUGCCUUCAGUCCAACGAUGGAGACUCAGAGAGGACCCCAUGACAAACCAAGGACUGACAGAGAGGAGCUUUGCCGCCAUAUAU